AUGUUGAGGUCUCCAAGUGGCUACAGCUCGUCAAGCGCAGAUCACAUCGAAGGUGCCGUGAACAACUGCCUGAGGGGACUGGACAGAUCCCGAUGCCUUGUGGUCACUUCAGGUGCUCGUUGGACAGGUCGACAGCCAAGCUUCCCUGGUGCUAAGGUUCUUCAGAUUGACUGCAGGCAUUUCCAUGAUCCUGACAGCGACAGAUCGAUCCGAGGUUGCACUGGACGACAUCCUAGCAUUAUCCGAGGAGUUGCACUUCAUGAGGCAAUGAAUGACCUCGUUGAGCAGGUGACAGAUUUCUUGAGGGCUAACCCGAAUGGGAAGCUCGUGAUCCACUUGUACUGCACCAGUGGUCGUCAUCGCAGUGUUGGAUUGGCAGCUUUGAUCUACUACUUCUUGGACGUGACUGAUUGGAGGAAGCCUUUGCUGAUCCAUUAUCACAGCCCGGAGUGGCGUGAGAUGACUUGUGGAGGUCAUUGCAGUCUUUGUGCAACAGCCGACACCAGAGAGCUUGGAAACUUGAUGAACAGGCAUCUUCCUGACGUGCGUGUUGUGGAUGUGGAUGAACCUGAUAGGGCCUACUACAACGGCGACGAGAUCUAUCCCCACGUUGACACCAUCCAGGACUGUGCCAGUUCCAGUCCGUGUAUGUUCCAGCAUAUCCACCUCCAAGCCGUAGUGCUGGAGACUCAUCUCGUGGAGGAGCACAUCACGAAGGAGACGAACGAGGCCGUGAUUAUGGAGGACAAGACCGACCAGAAGAAGAUCCUCUUCGAGCGGCAGGCGUGGUCGGCGAUCUCGAAGCAGCCACCGAUUCGACGCCCAUGUGAUGAGUCUCAGCGUCAGCGACUUGAGAGGGAACUCCGCGACAUCUUGAACGACAACAGCGGAGACCCAUAUUGCUGGAAUGUCGAUGAAGACAUCCUUUCUUGGAUCAUCUCUUCUGCAAAACUGUGGGGAAACAGAGAUCGGGUGAUCUGGAUUACAGACCCCAGCCUUCCUCAUGAGGAGCAGCAGCAGCAAGGCAUCAGGGUGGACAUCAAGCUCAGAUCCCACGUGAGGAGCACUUUGAUUUCAGGUGGCAAAUGGAUGAAUCGACAGGGUUGGGUGAAAUCGUCAUUCUAUCGACCACGUGAUUCCGCAGGAACAUUGUGGAACAGACUUCAACGGGAAGAAGCUGUUGGAGAGAACGUCGAUCUCCCGACUACUUGGGCCGAUUUGGUGAUCUUCUCACAUCGAGACGUGCGCCCGCGAGCAUAUACGGGGCGCGUGGUUUUGUUGUCAGGUGAUCAGGGUUUUGAGGGCAGUAUCGCACCAAAAACGGAGCCCCAAAACGCACCAAAAACGGAGCCCCAAAACGCACCAAAAACGGAGCCCCAAAAGAGCCAGAAAUAUGUCCCCAAAACAAAAGUCCAUUUGCAGAGUCGAAAGAAUCCUCCAACUCCACCACAGCCAAGUCGGUUUAUGAUUUGUACAGAUGAUGACAUGUUCAAGGGAAACCCCAAGAUUCAGACCCCGAAAGAUGAGUCAACCGACUAUAGCACAAGUUCAUCCGAUGAGAGCCCUGUUGCCAAACCUGUGAAAAGCAAAUCCUCCAAUGGAAAGCCUUGUCAUGAGAAAACCCCCAAGGAUGAAGUGAUCAUCAAAACCGAACCCGGUGAUGUACUGCCAGUUGGACUCAUGGCCAGAGAUCCAGAUGGUCCCAACAUGCAUGAAGUUGUUCUGGACUCUGACACCGAUGUUGAAGUGCAUGAACAUGGUCCAAUUGCCAUCCAACCCAAUGAGAGAGUCACCAUGGGUAGGAAACACCGUAAAGCAGUGUUGGACGGUAUUGCCAAUUUGAACAAGAACGACAUGAUGAUCCAGAGUGGACUUGGUUUGAUUUCCAAUCCCAAUCGAGAUAGCAAGACAGUUGUUUUCACUUCCCAUCCGUUCGUGUUCGUCCAGGAGUCUGGCCAGCCUUCGGUCGACGUGAUCGACGUUGGUGUGGGGGCCAGUCAUCUUGACCCUGAAUUUGACCCCAAAGAUUUUUGUAAUCUGUUGGCGGGGUAUCAAAACAUUGUCAUUGCCAUUGGAUACAACAACCCAAAUGAUCCAUUGGGACAUGGUCGUUUUCUGGCAGAAGUGGAGUUGAUGUGCGACUUGGACAAUUGCAAGUUUCUGCACAUAGAUGUUGCCAUGACUGAUCGAUGGGAGAAACAUCAACACCCCCAAACACCAUAUAUCAAUGACCAUGGUUUGGCAUUCACAUGCAAUGACGAACAGUGGACCCAUGAGUUUGAAUCUUGGUUUCGUGGACAGACGAUGGACGAUGUCUUGUCUUGGAAGUUUGCAGAUUGGAUUGGGAGUUGGGCCAAGGAAGAUGAUUUGAACCAUCAAAUGGGGAUAGCGUUUGUGGGGGACAUGCAUGAAGAAGCACAUGAAGAGCAUCAACGACUUGACGCCCUCUGGGACUCCGAUGACAGAGCCCAGGUGAACCCUGUUGAGGAACUGAUUUCUGAGGAAACCCUCAUUGACGAAGUCGAGAUUCCAGGACUUCCACAAGAUGAGGUGGAGAGACGCAGGCAGUGGAGAAAGCUUCCAGCCAGAGUGAGGAUCGCUGUCAGGCGACUUCACCGUCAGUUUGGUCAUGUGCCGAGGCAGACCAUGAUCCACUUGCUUCGUGCUGCCAGGGUUCGAACAGAGUUCAUUGAUGCAGUAAAACUUCAUAGGUGCACAGCAUGUGAAGAAACAUCCCGAAAGAAACCCACACACAAAACUGCAUUGCCCCACAACUACUCUUUCAACCAUAGCUUGGGAAUUGAUGUUUUUGAGAUCAUUGAUGCAGGUGGUUCCAAGUUUCAAGUUUUGAACAUGGUAGAUCUUGGGACGACAUUUCAACUGUGCGAGGUUGUCAGAACAGGCCAGGGACAGCCAUCAUCCAGUGAAUGUCUGAAGGCCCUGCAGAAACGUUGGUUUUCAUGGAGUGGACACCCAGUGAACUUGAUGUGUGACCGAGGGUUGCAUAACCGUGGUGUACUGUCAAAGUACAUGGACGAUCAUGGCAUUCAGGUUUAUCACAGCCCACUUGAGGCACCUGAAAACCUUGGCCGUGUAGAGCGCCACGGGGCCAUUGCCAAAGCUCUUUUCCGAAAGGUCUCAAAAGAAACUCAACCUCUUGGCAGAGAACAGGUUGAGUCAGUUCUGCAAGAAGUGCUCAUGGUGAAGAAUAAUGCAUCACGUGUAGGAGGCUUUUCACCAUCACAGUGGGUGUUGGGUAAGGCACCACGCUCAGACCCCAGUCCAUUGUCCGAAGAGCGAUUUGCAGAGCUCGGAGCCUUGGAGGCCCAGCACAACCCCGAAAGCAUUUUUGCUUUGCAGCAUCUUGCUAGGCAGGAAGCACAGAAAGCAUUUGUAUACCUCGAUUGCUCCAAGCGUGUCCAGCGAGCCAUGACCAAAAACACAUCACCUUUUCCGAGGGACUUCGAAAUCGGGGACUUGGUGACUUUUCGCAGGGAUAACCAGCGGGGAGGCACACGAUGGAGUCCCACAAGUAGGGUGAUAGGCCAUGAGGGAGAGAGAAACCUAUGGUUGCUUUGUGGAAAUGUCCCAGUACUAGUGGCCAGUCAGAAUGUGAAGGUAGCUACUCCAAGUGAAGCAUUGGCGCAUUCGGUUCUCCAUGGGCAGCCUGUCAUUCCUGAUGAGGUCGUGAUCGGAGGUGAACAGCAAUCCUUUUUGGAUGCUCGAAUUUCCCCAGAUUCCCAAAGUGACGGAUAUGAGCCAUCCGUACUUGAGGCGCCUGAACCAAUUGCCUCAGGCGAGGGAGCUGAACUACCAUUCAUAAAUUGGGGAGAUAAUAAUGAGGAUUUACCACCAAUACCCGAAGAUGAAGAAUUGGAUAAUGCAGGGGUAACUGUACCGGAAAUCACCAUUGAUGGUGAAGACAUGUCAGAUGAAGUAAAUGGUACAGAUGAACUGAUUGAAGCUGCCAGUUCCAGUCUGGACAGACGGAGAUCAAGUGUUGCCCCUCGUGCCGACAGAAACGUGAGACCCCGUCUUGAAACCCAACCUGAGAGUGAAAGAGGGUCAUCGCUUAUGCCUUCCAGGCGCGAAUCUGUUGACUCAGCAGACAGACCUUCUGCUGAAGCACCACAGCCAACACCAUCACAAGCCGCAGGGCCACAAUCAUGGCCCAAUCCGUAUGACAGUCUUAAUGACCUUCCAGCAUCCCUGAGGAGCCACUUUGAGCGAGCCCGAAAUGCGGCCGCACAAUGGUCCGUAGAACAAGUUGAACAGUCCACAGCCAUGUUCACAUGUUUUAUGGCAGGGAAAGAUGAGAUUGUAGAAGAAGGCAAGAAGGUCCUGAAAAGCAUUCAUUUCGAAUCAGCGCCACCUGAGGUUCAAAAGGCACUGCAAGCUUCUCGAGCCCAGGAAUGGUCAAAGUUUGAAAGCUUCGGAGCAGUCGUGCCACUGACUCCGGAUCAAGUGCAAGAGCUUGUUGCUGAGGGACAUCAGAUUAUACCCUCCAAAUGGGUAGAUGUUGACAAAGCUCAGUACAAGAAAGGCCGAGAUCCAAAUUACCAGCCACAAUACAAAAGCAGGUUAGUUUCCUGCGGAAACUUCGAAUGCAGUGACGGUCUGAGGUCAGACAGCCCCACAGCUGACAUUGAGGUUCACAACCUCAUUUGCUGUUGGUGUGCAGCACAUGAGCUCGACUUGCAUUCGGCUGAUGUGACAUCAGCAUAUUUCCAAGGACGACCUUUGGACCGGGUACUCCUGAUGAGACAACCCCGGGGUGGCAUCCCAGGAGUUGACGAGGGAAUUGUUUACCUCGUAAGGGUACCAAUCUAUGGACUCACAGACUCAGGUCGCGGAUUUUGGCUGCGAUUGGAUGGAGAUGCCAAGAAAGAAGGCAUGAAAGCAUCACAGUUUUUCUCAGGUCUUUAUUUUCUUCCAGGGAGCGAUGGUGAUACAUGCGCAUUGAUGUGCACACAUGUUGACGAUCUUUUGUACUGUUACUUGCCCGAAGGUAAGGAAGUCAUCGAACGUUUUCUGAAUAAGUUCAACAUCGGCAGCACCGAAGUGAACGAGUUCAGGUAUUGCGGAAAGCAGUUUUCGCGUUCAGGUGACGGAGACAUUUUCGUCGACACCGUCGAUAACACCAGGAAGAUCAAACCAAUUCCAAUUGACGCUGGCCGUCCAGGCAGUGAGAAGAUUUCAGGUGAUGACACCACACGACUUAGGUCGGUGACCGGGUCACUCGCUUGGGUUGCUCGCCAGACAAGACCAGAUUUGGCAUACCGAGUUAGCCGCCUACAAUCUUCAAUCAAAAAUGCCACAGUCAGCACUUUGUGCGACGCAAACGCAGUUGUACAACUUGCUCACAAAGGUGAUCAGGUAAGGCUUCGUUUUCCAAGCGGACAUCUCAAAUGGGAUGAGAUAGGUCUGAUCACAAUUACUGACGCUUCAUUCUCCAAUGAACAGAACUACCGUUCCCAACAGGGACGUUGUCACUUUCUUGGAGACCUCACAGAGAUCAAGAGCAGUAGCUGCAACACGUACAGAGUAAUGCCUCUGUCUUACAGCUCUACCACGAUCCGACGUGUGUGUCGAAGCACGCUCCAGGCUGAGACGUAUUCACUGCAGCAUGGUCUCGAAGCAGGGGACAAGCUCAGAGGUGUCUUGGCAGAACUCAAAGGCCAGAUCAAAUCCAUGCGGACAUGGGAAACUGAUGCAAGGAGCUGCGUACCGCACUUAGCCCUCACAGAUUGCCGCUCAUUGUCAGACCACUUGGCUUCCGAGAUCCUGGCGAAGGUGAGCGACAAAAGACUUGGCAUCGAAUUACAAAGUAUUCACGAAUCCUACUGGAAUGAUGACCGAAAACAUGGGACAUCUAUCCGAAUGGAGGAGAUAAGCUGUCAUGGAUAG